GGUUACCAUUUUGUGAGAGGUCUCCAGGUUACAACUGAAAUUUGACAAAAAUCCAAAAAUUGAGUUCAGCAUUUCUACACGGAAGGACCUCAGAUAGCUCAUCAAUGGCUCUCGCUACUCUCACCUUUAAAUCCACCUACUCUCCUCCCCUUUCACUCCCUCUCCGCCACACAAAGGCUCGUCAAUUUCCUCCAGUUUUCUCUCUCCAUCUCAAGCGAUAUCCAAUUUAUCGUCUCCCUCUUUCUUCUAGAACUUUCUGCCGGCGUCGGAAUCUUCUUAUAGUCAAAUCUGCAACGGUAAAUGGAUUAUCAGUUUCUAAUAAUCAAGAAAAUCAAGGAAUUGUGGAAAAUAUUGAGUUGAGAGAGAGAAUUCGGAGAUUUUUGGAAAAUUUGAAGUCUAUAUUGCCUGGAGGAAAAUGGUGGAGACUAUCCGAUGAAGAAAUUGAUGUUAACCUGACUGCGAAACCAGUGACUGUUUGGAAUGCGCUUUAUCGCAUGUGGAAUCUGGUUUCUAAUGAUCGUUGGGUUAUUUAUACAGCCUUUUCUACUCUUAUUAUUACUGCGCUUGCAGAGAUCUCAAUACCCCAUUUCUUGACAGCAUCAAUUUUUUCAGCUCAGAGUGGCAAAGUCAUGAUCUUCCGUAGAAAUGUGAUUCUAUUGGCAUCUUUUUGUAUCACUGCAGGAAUAUGCAGUGGCAUAAGAGGGGGCUGUUUUAGCAUCGCAAAUAUGAUCCUUGUCAAAAGGAUGAGGGAAACAUUGUAUUCUUCUCUCAUGCUUCAGGAUAUAUCCUUCUUUGAUGCUUCAACUGUUGGUGAUCUCACUAGCAGGCUUGGGGCAGAUUGUCAACAGGUGUCUCGUGUGAUUGGAAAUGAUCUUAAUCUGAUAUCACGCAAUAUUCUGCAGGGCUCUGGGGCCUUGAUCUAUCUACUAAUUCUAUCAUGGCCGCUUGGUUUGUGCACCUUAGGAAUAUGCAUCACACUUUCAUCAAUUAUGAUUGUUUAUGGCCAGUACCAGAAGAAGGCAGCAAAGCUGACGCAGGAGUUCACUGCCUCUGCCAAUGAAGUCGCUCAAGAGACGCUAUCUUUGAUGCGAACUGUUAGAGUAUAUGGCACAGAAGAGCAAGAAAUAGGAAGGUACGAAGUUUGGCUGGAAAGACUAGCUGGUAUUAGCUUACGGCAAAGUGCUUCAUAUGGACUCUGGAAUUUCAGCUUCAAUACCCUGUACCACUCCACUCAGAUUAUUGCUGUGCUGAUAGGGGGAAUGUCUAUUUUGUCUGGACAUCUUUCAGCAGAAACACUGACGAAGUUUCUGUUAUAUAGUGAAUGGCUAAUAUAUUCAACAUGGUGGAUAGGGGAUAAUGUGUCAAAUUUAAUGCAGUCUGUGGGAGCUAGUGAGAAAGUAUUUCAGUUGAUGGAUCUCUUGCCUAGUGAACAAUUCACUACAGAAGGAGCAAAACUACAAAAGCUGAUAGGCCAUAUUGAUUUUGUGAAUGUCUCUUUUUUCUAUCCUACAAGGUCCGAGGUACCUGUACUACAAGACAUCAAUAUUUCUAUGCAUCCAAAUGAAGUCAUUGCUAUUGUUGGUCUUAGUGGCAGUGGUAAAAGCACAAUUGUGAAUCUUCUUCUACGUCUAUAUGAACCAACUAGUGGUGAGAUACUCAUAGACGGUUUCUCUCUCAGAAAAUUAGAUGCUCAAUGGUUCCGAGAAAGGAUUGGAUAUGUGGGCCAGGAACCUCGGCUUUUCAGAAUGGAUAUUAGUUCUAAUAUAAGAUAUGGGUGUCCCAGAGAGGUCACACAAGCAGAUGUUGAGUGGGCUGCUAAGCAAGCUUUUGCUCAUGACUUCAUUUCAUCCUUGCCAAAUGGUUACAAUACCAUUGUUGAUGAUGAUCUGCUCAGUGGUGGGCAGAAACAGCGGAUUGCUAUAGCUCGAGCUAUUCUCAGGGAUCCAGCCAUUUUGAUUCUUGAUGAAGCUACCAGUGCCUUGGAUGCAGAAAGUGAACACAAUAUCAAGGGUGUUCUUCUUGCAGUAAGAAAUGAUUCACGAUCAAAAAGAACUGUCAUUGUAAUUGCACAUAGACUUUCUACAAUACAAGCUGCAGACAAAAUCGUGGUGAUGAGUGGCGGUCAAAUUGUUGAGUUGGGCAGUCAUAAGGAGCUGCUUCUAAAAGAUGGAUUGUAUGCAAGAUUGACUCGUAGACAAGCAGAUGCAGUGGCUUGAACUGCAGACGAAUGAUGCAAUUGUUGUAUGCAGACUUAUUACAAAGUUCAGAGCAAUCGACUCAUCGAGAUAUUAUUUAAACAGCAGUCUCUGCUGCGCUCACUGGUGAUUGAAGCCAAUUCUUUUUCUUCUAACCUGUUAACCUGGUAAUGGUAUCUCACAGAAGAAAAUUGCAUUGAUCGGUGAAUACUGACGAUCAUUAUCAUUAACGUGGUUUGCAGACGCAGCUCAAUUUUUAGAGUAGCUGCAACACGUUAUCUCCAGAAGAUUUCAACGUAUGUUCCAAUACCAAAUUAUAGAAACUUGGCUCAAUCCAGAAUUUGAGUUAUUUGUAUGUGUUAUGUGCACAAUGUGCAGUCAUUUUGUACGAGAAAGAAGCAACGUGUGCGUGAAUUGAACUUGAGUCACUUUACUAAUCUUUUCAAUGAAGAAAUCUCAAACUUUUUGUUCUUA